AUGCCGUUCAGUAACACCCACAACAAACACAAGCUGAACUUCAAGUCUGAGGAGGAAUACCCAGACCUCAGCAAACAUAACAACCACAUGGCCAAGGUACUGAACCCCGAGCUCUACAAGAAGCUGCGGGACAAGGAGACGCCCUCUGGCUUCACUCUGGACGACAUCAUCCAGACAGGUGUGGACAACCCAGGUCACCCCUUCAUCAUGACCGUGGGCUGUGUGGCUGGUGACGAGGAGUCCUACACGGUUUUCAAGGACCUCUUUGACCCCAUCAUCCAGGACCGGCACGGGGGCUACAAACCCACCGACAAGCACAAGACCGACCUCAACCACGAGAACCUCAAGGGUGGAGACGACCUGGACCCCAACUACGUGAUCAGCAGCCGCGUCCGCACGGGCCGCAGCAUCAAGGGCUUCUCGCUGCCCCCCCACUGCUCCCGCGGUGAGCGCCGGGCCGUGGAGAAACUCGCCGUGGAAGCCCUCAACAGCCUGACGGGAGAGUUCAAGGGGAAAUACUAUCCUCUGAAGAACAUGACAGACAAGGAACAACAGCAGCUCAUCGACGACCACUUCCUAUUUGACAAGCCCGUGUCCCCGCUGCUGCUGGCUUCAGGCAUGGCCCGAGACUGGCCCGAUGCCCGUGGCAUCUGGCACAAUGACAACAAGAGCUUCCUGGUGUGGGUGAACGAGGAGGACCACCUCCGAGUCAUCUCCAUGGAGAAGGGGGGCAACAUGAAGCAGGUUUUCCGCCGCUUCUGCUUGGGGUUGCAGAAGAUUGAGGAGAUCUUCAAGAAAGCCGGCCACCCCUUCAUGUGGAACGAGCACCUGGGCUACGUGCUCACCUGCCCAUCUAACCUGGGCACCGGGCUGCGUGGAGGCGUGCAUGUGAAACUAGCGCACCUGAGCAAGCAUCCCAAAUUCGAGGAAAUCCUCACUCGUCUGCGCCUGCAGAAGCGGGGCACAGGUGGCGUGGACACGGCCGCCGUGGGCUCAGUGUUCGACGUGUCCAACGCCGAUAGGCUGGGCUCGUCGGAGGUAGAACAGGUGCAGCUGGUGGUGGAUGGUGUGAAGCUCAUGGUGGAGAUGGAGAAGAAGCUGGAAAAGGGCCAGUCCAUCGACGACAUGAUCCCCGCCCAGAAGUAG